UGUCACUAAUCAGUGCGUGUUCCAUUUCCUGGCUAGCUAGCUACCGUUAGUGUACGUGAUCGAUAGGGGCACAGGAUAUCUCCGCCGCCACCUCGAUCCGGCGAUAGAAAUAUAGCUAGGGAUAUCCAAAUGGGCGGCGGCUCGCCGUGCGCUUCUUGCAAACUGCUCCGGCGGCGGUGCACCAAGGACUGCAUCUUCGCGCCCUUCUUCCCGGCAGACGACCCCCACAAGUUCGCCAUCGUCCACAAGGUCUUCGGCGCCAGCAACGUCUCCAAGUUGCUCCAGGAGCUGACGGUGCAGCAGCGCGGCGACGCGGUGAGCAGCCUGGUGUACGAGGCGAACGCGCGGAUGCGGGACCCCGUGUACGGCUGCGUGGGGGCCAUCUCCUUCCUGCAGAACCAGGUGUCACAGCUACAGAUGCAGCUCGCCGUCGCGCAGGCUGAGAUCUUCUGCAUCCAGAUGCAGCGCUGCGACGGCCAGCACGACCCCGACGUCGACGGUGUCGUCCCUCCGGCGCUGGUCGGCGACCACCACGUGAUGGCGAUGCAGCAGCAGUCUAUGGUCCCCGAGGACGUCAACGCCUUCCUCAUGCAGAACGGCAGGGGCAUCGUCCCGCCGCAGCUAAUGGGCUACAGCGCCGCGGCGGCCGGCGGCAUGCACUGCGCCGCGCAGGAGCCCCUCAAGAGGGAGUCCCUGUGGACGUAAUCAAGUCAACUUGGCAUUUGUGUACGUAGGAGUAGCCAGCUAGCUAGCUUGCUGCUUCAGUAGUGCUUCACUUGCUUGUAGGGCUAGCUGUAGGUUAAUUAGGGUAGUUUGUGACGAGUUAUUUCUUUCUUUUUCCCUUUUUAAUCCUGAUUUCUCUAAUUUGUUUCUUGUUCAUGUGUUGUAUUUGUGAUCAA